AGGCCCGGGGUCGGUCACCGGCGGCGCGGGGCUGAGCGGGCGGUGCGUGCCCGCCUCUGUCGCCCGCGCGUGCCCGCGGUCCCCGCGCGCUCCCGGCCCCGCCGCUCUGAGGGGCGGGGCGAGCAGCGCCUCAGUCGGCAGCGCGGGCGAGUAGGCCCGGGUACGUAGGCCCGGAGCGGCCGUUCUGCCUUCUCUCUCAGCGCCGAGGCCCGCCGACCGGGCCAGGAUGAGCGGCGAGGAUGGCAACGAGGAGUUCUACCGGCAGCUGCAGCUCCAGCAGCAGUACGAGGCCGAGCGCGGCGGCGAGGGCGAGGCCGACCCCUUCACCUACGUGGACCCUGCCGACGGGGCCGCCUACGAGUGGGACCGGGAGAAGAAGGCCUGGUUCCCCAAGAUAACAGAAGAUUUCCUGGCUACGUAUCACGCUAACUAUGGCUUCAAUGCAGACGAAACGGAUAGUUCAUCUGCUUCUGGCACAGCAACUGAAAACAAGCUGCCACUGAGUUCUAAGACAUCAGAAACACAACUGUCAGCAAAUGAGAAGGGACCAAAACAAACAGAACCAAAACAAAAAACAGAAAAACGGAAACUUGAGCCGGGGUGGUUUCAUGUUGAAGAAGACAGAAACACAAAUGUUUAUGUGACUGGUUUACCACCAGACAUUACGAAAGAUGAAUUUGUUCAAGUCAUGUCGAAAGGUGGGAUCAUUAUGCGAGAUCCUCAGACAGAGGAGCACAAAAUCAAACUUUACAAAGAUAAGGAAGGAAAUCUCAAAGGAGACGGCCUCUGCUGCUAUCUAAAGAGAGAAUCAGUUCAACUUGCUUUGAGGCUUCUGGAUGAGGCCGAAAUUAGAGGCUAUAAAUUGCAUGUUGAAGUUGCAAAAUUUCAACUCAAGGGGGAGUAUGAUGCAAGCAAGAAGAAGAAGAAAUGUAAAGACUACAAGAAAAAGUUGUCUCAACAGCAGAAACAGCUGGAUUGGAGGCCUGAGAAGAAAGAUGGUGCAGCUCGAAUGCGACACGAACGCAUCGUUAUUAUCAGGAAUAUGUUUCACCCAAAGGACUUUGAGGAGGAUCCCUUAGUGCUAAAUGAGAUCAGGGAAGAUCUGCGGACAGAAUGUGAAAAGUUUGGUCAAGUAAAGAAGGUUCUCAUAUUUGAUAGGCACCCUGAUGGCGUCGCUUCUGUGUCGUUCAAGGAAGCAACAGAAGCUGAUCUGUGCAAACUGACUCUAAAUGGGAGGUGGUUUGGUGGCCGUCAGCUCAGUGCUGAAACGUGGGAUGGUGUAACAGAUUAUCAGGUGGAGGAGACUGCAAGAGAAAGGGAAGAAAGGCUGAAGGUCUGGGGAUCGUUUUUAGAGGAUCCUGAUGCAAAGGAGCAGCAAACCACGUCUGAUUCAGAUUCCACAACGAGUAGCGUUAAAAUCCCUGAGAGCAGCCAACCUUCCAAAGUUAAUGAUACAGCCAAGGAGGAUGUAAAUGAUGAAGGCCAUAAGAAGGAGAAUAAUGGUGAGGGCAUUAAUGAAGAUGGUGCUCCAUCCACAGACAGCAGCCUUGCGGGCAGUGAUGCUGAAGCAGAUACAUAACGUUUCCAUUGCUUUGUGAAAGCAUGGUUUUUAGGGUGAUGUUUGAGUUUAUCCCUUUCUUUCAGAGUUACUGCAGGCAACGUUCAUGUGAAUAUAUGCAUUAUUAGAAAUGUCAUCAACUGUGUGCUUUGAAGUUUUCAUUAAAAGCAGUAUUUAAUGAGGUUCUAAAAGUCUGUAUUAAUUGGCUGUUCAGGUAAAGUAACUCAAGUUGCCAAGAAUAACAGCAAACUCAUCAGGCUUCUUUUGUUCUAUUUAUGCUCAUCAGUGUUUCAUUAUGUGUGAAAUAUGUUCCAACCCUUAAGUUUAUGUAACUAUAUGUAACUUGAAAAAUGCAAAGCUAUUGCAA